AGCUGUUUCGAUACACGCUGCCAGCUGCCAAAAGCUAUGAUAAACAAUUUUGCAACAAGCUUUUUAGCAUUAGUCGUUUCCAUCGCAGUAUCCAAUAAUAUAAAUUCUAAUUAAACAAACUAUAAUACAUAUGAACAAAUAGAAUUAGACAGCAAUAUUUUGUUUCACUUGGUUUUCGCAAUAUAUGUACAUAAAUACGUCGUGAUGAGCGUGUAAAAUGAAUUCGUUGCGUAACCUCUUUAGCUUGAGGACACUUAAUAGUGUGCGGCAACACGGCCAGAAUGUCCUCUACAACAUCGCACAGCCAGUGGACGGUGCUGUCACGGCUGCACCAGCACCAGAAUGCAGUAUUAACGAUCAAAGAACUUGUGAACCGUUGAAAAUACCAAAAUCCAUUCUCGAUGCAACCACGUUUACAGGUAAAAAGUUUGGUGAAUCCACCUUAUCCUCAUCUGGUUCGAUUUCGCCAACGACCCUGAAACGCUUACGUUGCAUGGAGCGGAAAGUUGAAUUGGUUUAUCGCUGCAAAUUGUGCAACACACGAAACAGUAAACUGGUGUCACAAGCAGCGUACAGAAGCGGUGUGGUGAUCCUCCAAUGUGACGGCUGUUCUGUGAACCAUUUAAUAGCCGAUCAUUCUGGAUGGUUUGCCAAAACCAAAGGCAAGAAUUUUGAUCAGGUACUAGCCGAGAGAUGUGAUCGCAUCAAGAUCAUCAAGGUGAACGAAAAAGGGGAAUUAAUUUAACUGCCAACAACUAACUAUGUACACUCUUGAUUUUACUGUUCCGCACUGUCCCGCAAACUACUUUAAUGAUUGUCUUUUUGCGAAAGCACGGUCAUGUAAAAUUAACAACUGAAUUUUGAAACCUUUUGUAUAUUUCAAAAUUAGAAUGGCAAAUAUGGAUGACGCCUUCGUCGUCAAGAGCACAAUUUCAUUGAAUAUGCUGACAACACUCACGUGGCCGGAAAAGGUGGUGGAAUCCGACUUUAAAUUAGCUGAGCUUCACACACAACUCUCCAAAUGGAAUCAAAUUGAACUACAUAUAUAUUACAGACAUAUGUAUAUUGUGAUAAUUGUCAUAAACGCUUUAAUUAACUUUAAUUUGAAUUAUGAACAAGUGUGUAAACGUUGAGUUGUAGGAUAUUAAUAAUUACUGAUUUUAUACGCCCCCAAACCAAGCCAUAAAAUAAAAAAACAACUGAAACAGG